AUGGCAGCCGACAUCAGCCUGGCAGAAUGGGGGCGCAAGGCCGUGGACAUCGCGGAGAACGAGAUGCCCGGCCUGAUGAAGAUGAGGGAGCUGUACGGCCAGUCCAAGCCCCUGAAGGGCGCCCGCAUCGCCGGCUGCCUGCACAUGACCCUGCAGACCGCCGUGCUCAUCGAGACCCUCACCGCCCUCGGAGCUGAGGUGACAUUUACCCCCCCUUCCCCACCCUCUCCCCCCUAUAUGGACUAG